ACUCUUUGUGCCUUAUCCUCGUGUGUUUAGUAGGAUUGUUCGCAAUGGUAUUUAAUUAAUAUUUUGUGCUCGUUUGUAAAUUAUGGCGACAGCUAAUGGUAACAGAGGAAAUUCUGAUUACGUAGCUGCUACUAGUUCAUCACAGGACGCUCAACCCUCACCCCUUGCUAUGCUGGCGGCGACUUGUAGCAAAAUAGGAUCGCCCGCCCAAAGUGAAGAACAAGGGUAUGGACAGGGAGGGGAUUCUAAUGUGAGGGUAGUUGGGGCGGGGCAAGGUGGCAACACCACUGAUGCAAUAGCAGGUUGGGUGCAGCUGCCGAAUGGAACCAUCGUAAAUACGUCAGGAAAACCCCUCAAUGCUGCCAAUGUUAUUCAACAAACAGCAAUGCAAAAUAAUGUAGGUGGUCAGCUGUUCUCUCAAGGUCAACAAAUAGUGGCUACACAAGGACCUAAUGGUCAGUUAACUUACAGUGUCAUUCAGCCUUCAUACCAGGCAGUGAAUAUUGAUGGGCAAGAAACGUAUUUACAAGAAGCCUUUCUAUUACCCUCAUCUGGUGGUCAAAAUCAAAAUACAAUGCAGGCACCUCAACAAACAUUGAUUACACCAACGGGGCAAAUUAUUAGAACUCAGGGCAUGCCUACAGCAGCCCCUGCAGCAAAUAUUUUCCAACAUGUAUCCGGGUUAGGGGGGCUUGGAGGCUUUAUCAACAUUGGGGGAAAUUUAAUAAGCUUAGGAGGAAUGCAAAAUGCAGUCAGGCCAAAUGCAAACCUUUUACAAGCAGUUCAGAUACCAGGUUUUCAAACCAUGCAGCAGAUGCCUAAUCUCAUACAAGUGCCUGUGUCCAUAAAUGGCCAGACUGUGUUACAAACUAUUCAGCUUCCAGCCCAAAACAUUCCAAUCCAAACACACAUUUCCCAAGUUGGUGGCAAUGGAAUCAUGUCUCUUGCCACCACCCCCCAAUCACUGCAGACUUUCAUGGCCUCACAAGCCCAAAACCAACAACAAACCAUGGCUGUGGCACAAGCAGAGGAAUCUCAAAACCAUGUCCAAAACAGUCAAAAAAUUGAACUAAAAUCCAACACUGGGCAUUUAAACAACCCCAACACUUCACAAGCAUCCAAAAUGACAGGAAUGACUUUAUCAGGCGCCAAUGCUGGUGUUCAGACUUUAAAUGUGAUAAACACCCCUCAGGGUCAGGUGAUUCUAUCCCAGCCAGCUAAUCAAACCCAGGUAUCUCUUCCAACUCUAACCGUACCAUCGUACCCACAAGCGAACACUGUAUCUAGUGGCGUUUCGACAACCACUUCAACCAGUUCACAAAAUGCUGCGAUGAUUCAAAAUGUACUGGCUCAACAGCAGUUGCUUCAGGGAAUGGCAAAUGCUCAAAACCUGGGAGGCAUCCAGUUGACCAAUCAGGGACAGGUCAACUGGUUACAAGCCCUGAACAUGCAAGCUCCAAGAAAUCAAGGGGUACAGGCUGUCCAGUUACAGAACAUUCAAGGUUUACAAAACAUUCAGACCUUUCCUGCUUUACAAAAUCUGCAAAACAUUCAAGGACUUCAGGCAUUGACGCAGCAAGGGCAGAUAAUCAACAAUGCAGCCAUGUCUAAUUUAGGAGCUGUAGCCAUUGGAACACAAGGUGGAACUAUCAGUGCCAUACCCAUCCAGACUCAACAAAACACAGUCCAGACAGCAACUGUAAACCAACAGGGGGUCAUAACCCAGCUUCAGCAGGACCCCAAUGACCCCACCAAGUGGCAGCUGGUCAGCAACCAACCGCAGGCACAACCAGCUGUCAGCUCAAGUGCCACCCUGUCAGUUGGCUCACCCACAAGCACCGGCGGCUCCUGUUCUGACUCAACACAAACUGGCAGAAGGGUGCGCAGGGUGGCGUGCACAUGCCCCAACUGUGUCUCGUCCGACAAGCAUGUAGGUGAAAGUAAGAAGAAGCAGCACAUAUGUCACAUAGAAGGUUGUGGCAAAGUCUACGGGAAAACAUCACAUCUUCGUGCUCACUUAAGAUGGCACUCAGGAGAUCGGCCCUUUGUGUGUAGCUGGCUGUUCUGUGGAAAACGCUUUACACGAUCUGAUGAAUUACAGAGGCAUAAACGCACUCAUACAGGAGAGAAAAAGUUCCAGUGUCCAGAGUGCAACAAGAGAUUUAUGAGAAGUGACCACCUGACAAAACACAUCAAAACUCAUAAUGGCAAGCGCCAGUUGGGAGAUACUGUCUCCAGCACUGAAGGCCUUGACAUGGAUGGUAAUAUGGAUGGGGGCGAGGAGGAGGAGGAUGUGGAAGAUGAGGAUGACGGCUGUGAGAUGGACGACAACUCCAAAGUGUUCAAGGUGGAGAUGUCAGGUGAUGAGGAUGAUGAAGCUGAUAGUGAUCAGGUCCUGGUCUCAUGAUAAUGGCCUGCGUCUGUAUAUAUAUCUCAGUUUUAUAUGUAUGAACGGAGUGGUCUAGCAGUUGAGAGCUGGACUGCUAACCCGUAAGUCUCGAGUUCGAAUCCGGGUUGAAGUCAAUAGACCGUCCCUGAGUCCACCCAACUCUGAUGGGUACCUAACUGAUGUUAGGGAAAGUAAAGGCGGCUGGGCAUAGUGCCAAUCACACUCUCUUCAUAUGCCGAGGUCACAGAAACAAGUGAACUCUACUUCACUUGCCCCAUAGACCGUCAGGUUUGUAAGGGAAAUUUUACUUUAUAUGUAUGGGAGGAAUAUAAGUAUGGUUGGUGAUUCUGAACUCUGGUAGGUGGACUUUUAAGGAAAAUAAGAAAUCUGAGGAUGAUACGACAGUUGGAUUCUGCCUCUGAAUGUAUUACUUUGUUAUGUUGUUUGCACUGUGCUUUCCUGCAUCAGUUUAAAUUUUAUACUGCUAAGUGUAACUUUCAUGAUCUGAUGUUGAGACAUAAUUAUUGCUGGGUAUAGAAAUGACUUCACUCUAAGAAAUCAAUGUAGCACAUGUUUGGUGCAGUGAAUUCAUUUUUUGCUAAUUUUAAGUUUUAAAUCCCUGUGAUAGUUGUUUUUUUGCCUGGAGUGUAUUGUUGAAUUCAUCCAGUUUUGAUAAGUUCCUCUAACUUAUGUCAGGGUAUUUAGGGUAUUGUAUGGCUGGAGUUCCUGUUACAUAGUCUAUUAGCCCACUAAGACGUUUUCUAUCCUACGGAAUGUUUUGUUAAUUUUUUGUUGGCUUUUCUUGAUACUAUUCUAGUAUAUUUUGCUUUUAUUUAUAAGAUGAGGCUUCUUCAGCUUUUAUAAUGUGCCAUUUCAAUUCAUUUUGUCAGUAAUAAUAGGCAGCCUAUUGAAUCAGCAAAAACAAUCCUUUUUAACUAUUAUUACAAUUUUUUUUUUCUUGUCAUGAGUGCUCAAUAUUUUAACUUAACAAGUCUUAAGCUCAGAAGACCACACAACAGUUUCAGACUGUGAGAGUACAAUGUUUUUUUUUUUAAGCUCCUGAAAAUUGUUGAUUCUGAAUUUUUUGCUUGACGUUUAUUAAAAUCUUUCUUACAAUGCUAAGUAUUAAAAAUUUAUUCAUUGCUACUCAUUAUAUUAUAUCUCAUUAAUAUGUUUGCAUAAGUACUUUUAUAUUUUAAAUUCAAAAUGGUUAUCCUCUAUUCUAAAGACAGCUAUUUGCACUGACAUGUUUACUUUGAAAAUAAGUACUAAAAUCUAUUUCAAUCAUUUUUAGGUAAGUUUUAUGUACUUUUCAAAAGUAAUAAAUAGUCUUAUGUUGGUGAAAAUUCUGCUAUGCAGUUGAAUGUAUUUUGUUACUCUAGGUUAACAACUUGGGCAAAUACCUGACCUGAGCUUAGGUUAAUCCUGUAUUAAAUUAAACUCCUAGCUAUUAUUUCCUGUACAUUUGUAAAAAGACUUCUUCGUCCACAUUCUUAACCUGAGAUACUCAAACAUUGUUGGUUGAAAUCUUUGUUUAGUAUUUUUAUCUUGAUGGGUAUCUUAAGUCUGGGCUGUGAACUAUGAAAUGAAAUCUCGUUGUUUGUUUAGAUUGGGCAGAGAAAGGCUAAUGGUUUAGAAGUUAAUAAAUAAAUAUAUUUACACACAUAUAUAUUCACACAUACAAAUGAUGCACAUACUUUUAAUAUUGAUUAAUGAAAUUCACAUAUCAGUAUUACUGCAUAUCAUUCUUUUAGUUGAAUAUAGAUGCAUGUUGAUUUAUCUUCUUCAAAUAGAAUAACAAGUGAAAAAGACAUGGGUAAUAAAAUGUACAAGUGAGAUAUUGAAUCUGUAGAAACUAGUUGAAAUAGUUUGAAGUAAUUUACUGUUAAGUUGUACUUUAACCAUAAAACAUUGCUGUUAUUUAUUGUUCAUCCAUUGUACUUUCAUGUGUGCAAGCCAGGGUUGAUCUGAUACUUUUGUUGCCGUAUGUAAUAUACAGAGUGUGUGUGUGUACACAUUUGUAUAUAAACCAGACAUGUUGCACAAUAUCUUCACAUAUCUGUACAGUUUUAUUGUAUGCCCAUCCCUCAACAUGUUGCAUAAUAUACACAUAACUUGUUUACUGAAAAUCGUCUGCCACAGUUAAUGAUAACUUCCUUUGAUCUGUUAUUUAGAUACCCAGAUAAACGUUAAUUUGUAUUACUUUCAGGAUUAUUUCUGAAUUUAAAUUUUUUUUUUUAAAUGUAUCUAUUUGUUAACAUGUAUGUAUGCCCAUUCCAGAGCUUUCUCUAAAUGUCCCUGGAUUCUAUUACACACAUGUAAAGUGUAAGGAAAAUGUUACCAUUGGCAGAGGCUCUUUCUAAAUAAGAUGAAGAACAUAGUCCCAAUUAUCAGAACAUAUUACAUAUUUAUAAACAAAGUGUAAGAAAAUAAUUCAACAGAUCAGAAUCUAUGUAGUCCCAACAGGCUGAACCUAUAUUAAAUACGAGCCGGCCCGCGGCAUAACAUACGCCGCUAGUUAGUUGUUGUUUUUUCUACUUUUCAGUAAUUCAUAAUUUGUGAAUUCGACAGUACCAACGCUGCCACUGAAAAUAUUUCUUUAAAACACUAUUAGUAGCUCGUUAAGGACCAUAACCCCCCCCUUUCCUUCACCCCUCCCCCCUACGUUUAAAAUCGUUUUAAACUAAAUUAUCUGCUCCUAAUAGUCGUCACCUAACCCGGCUCUGUUUGUAAACAUUUAGAGUGAACACAGCUCACUUAAACCAUGUAGGGGUGGGCAGGUAGGGAGCGCGUUUACAGCUUGUUUUCUAGCGUCUCCCAGAAGAGAAUUAUAUAUAUAGAUAUAAAGAAUCAUGUAAGAAAAUAGUUUCAUUAGGUUGAUUCUAUAUUAAGUAUAUAAACAAUCAUGCUGUAAAGAGAGUUCCUAUAGUCAGAAAACUAUAGCAUGCAAGUAACCAAGGUAUAAAAGUAUUCUUAUGGUAUCUUCUCAGCUAGAAUGAUGUUUGAUUUAUAUCAUUUUGGUGACAAGGGAUAGUAAUUAAACUCAUACUUAUAAGCAGCUGGAAAGGCCUUAACUUAAAUUGAAAUAAUUUAAUUUAUGCUUUGAAACAAAAAUGGACAACGCAUUUUGCGAAUAUAGAGAACUUAAAAACCAAUUUUUAUUAACAUGGUGUCGACAGUUUUAAUUACAGAGAUAUUUCUGUUGUAUCUUUGAAAAUCAUGGCUGUAUCCAAUCCCUGAAGUUCACACUUUUAUUGGCUCUAAAAGGUAAAGCGAAAAGAACUAUAUUUCUGUGCAAUACACUUCAUGUAAAUAUUUUUGUUGGUGAUAUUCAGCAGAGUUUAUGUUUUAACAGAAUAAUUUUUCCAUGCAGUUCUAAAUUUAAUACUUUAGUUCACAUAGAGUAUUUCUGAUAACUAUAAAUAUGUGAAGCCCCUAAAGUUAGUUUUUUAUAUUAUUUGCAAUAAAAAAAUAAAAUUUGGAUUUCUCAAAAUAUUGUUUUUUAUUUCAAUAACUAUUAAAACCAAAAAGUUAUUAAGUGAAUAAAAACAUACUUAGUUUCUUUUAGUAUUUUAAUAGUAAUGGGUUCAGUUAUCAAAUUAGAGGAUCACUUUAUGUUUACAAGAGAGAAGAUGCCAUUGAAAGUAGUGUUAUUUUAACCACUGAAGAUUUUUAUGUAUUGAUUUAAUUUUAUUUCUUCAAACAAGUUAUGAAAAAAAAAAGUUUUAGGCUUUAUUUAUGUUGAUUGUUUUAUUUUUACAUCUGUUUUAAAGAAAUAAAAUUAAGGAGGUACUAAUGAA